AUGUGGACCGCUGAUGAGAUUGCAUGGCUGUGUUACGAGCACUACCAGACCAGGCUGCCCAAGCAGGGGAAGCCUGCGCCCAACCGUGAGUGGACGUUGCUAGCAGCCGUGGUGAAGAUACAGCCUGCCACCGACCAGGCCUGUGGCGGCGCUAACAAACCGGUGCAAGUGACAAAGGAAGUUGUCUCAAUGGGAACGGGGACGAAAUGCAUAGGCCAGUCCAAAAUGAGGAAGAGCGGAGACAUCCUCAAUGAUAGCCAUGCUGAGGUCAUAGCCAGGAGGAGUUUCCAAAGGUACCUUCUGCAUCAGCUCCACUUGGCGGCCGCCCUGAAGGAGAAUAGCAUUUUUGUCCCUGGAACUCAGAGAGGGCUGUGGAAACUCAGACAAGGCAUCUUGUUUGUGUUUUUCUCCAGCCAUACACCCUGUGGGGAUGCCUCCAUCAUUCCAAUGCUUGAGUUUGAAGAUCAGCCCUGCUGUCCCGUCAGUAGACGUUGGACCAAUAAGCCAUCAGAAGAAGCCAGUGGUAACCCAGAAACUCCUGAAGAUGAAAAGAAAUAUGAAGACCUGGGUAGUCCUGUGACCAAAAAGAUGAGGCUUGAACCUGGGAUUCCUGAUGGUGUGGCUCACUGUCAGAGUUUGGACAAUCAGGAAAGUGGUCCAGUCCCACCAACUGUCAGCAGCUCUAAUGUCCCCACACAGGAACUGGCCACUGUCACCGGAAGGGCCCCCAGUGGUGCCAAAGUGGUGGACGUUUAUAGAACUGGAGCCAAAUGUGUGCCUGGAGAAGCUGGAGACUCGGGAAAGCCUGGUGCAGCAUAUCACCAGGUGGGCCUGCUCCGGGUGAAGCCAGGCCGGGGAGACAGGACCCGCUCCAUGUCCUGCAGUGACAAGUUGGCACGGUGGAAUGUCCUCGGAUGCCAGGGGGCACUGCUGAUGCACCUUCUAGAAGAGCCUGUCUACCUGUCAGCCGUGGUCAUUGGGAGGUGCCCGUACAGCCAGGAGGCCAUGCGGAGAGCUCUGACUGGGAGGUGUCAGAACGUCUCAGCUCUACCCAAAGGCUUUGGAGUUCAAGAAGUGACAAUACAGCAGUCCGGUUUACUGUUUGAACAGAGCCGCGGCGCAGUGCAGGCAAAAAGGGCUGACAGCCCAGGCCGACUUGUUCCUUGUGGCGCAGCCAUCAGCUGGAGUGCAGUUCCUGAGCAGCCGCUGGAUGUCACUGCCAAUGGCUUUCCACAGGGAACAACACGGAAGGCAAUCAGGUGCCUUCAGGCCAGAUCCCAAAUCAGCAAAGUGGAACUCUUUAGAUCAUUUCAGAAACUGCUAAGCAGUAUUUCAGAGGACAAGUGGCCAGACUCCCUCAGGGCGCAGAAGCUAGAGACGUACCACGAGUACAAGGAGGCUGCGUCUACUUACCAGGAAGCCUGGAGUGCGCUCCGAAAGCAGGCCUUUGGAUCCUGGAUCAGAAACCCACCGGAUUAUCACCAGUUUAAAUAA